UCACUUUCUCUGUUGUAAAACAAAAAAGCUUUUUCCGAAACUGAUGGAUAUGUUGUGAGUGUCAUCGGCCUUGUUAGGAAAAAUAUUUUAUCUAUUUCUUGUACAAUUCUGUGAAAUAGAAAAACACCAUUUCUGCACAGAAUUCUUGUUUAAUUGAAAUUGUUUGCAAGUGCAGCCGCCCGACAAAACGGAACUGGACGACUAGAGGAGCUAAUAUCUACAAAUAUCUUCCGGCCUGCUCCACUUCAAAAUGUGGGACUCGUCCGUGUUUCUCAGUACACUUACUCCUAAAUUCUAUGUAGCGUUGACCGGAACGUCCAGUUUGAUUUCCGGUUUAAUUUUGAUAUUUGAAUGGUGGUACUUUCGUAAAUAUGGAACAUCCUUCAUCGAACAAGUUUCCAUCAACCACAUCAGCCCGUGGAUCGGCGGUGGGGAAACGCCAGCUGAAAAUAACACCAGCGCCACACCGACUACGCAAAGCAUGCCAGAGUGUAAAGUUUGGCGUAAUCCGUUGAAUCUCCUUCGGGGUGCGGAGUAUCAGCGAUUUUAUUGGGCAACUCAGAAAGAACCGCUGACUUUCUAUGAUAUGAAUCUUUCGGCUCAGGACCAUCAGACGUUCUUUACAUGUGAAGGAGAUGCUGGAAAAGCGGAAUACGAGAUCAUGCAGACGGCGUGGCGCGAGAGAAACCCAGUGGUUCGUAUUAAGGCGGCCAAUAAUGCUAUUGAAAUCAAUCCAGACUGUGCUCCGGCCUACAUUCUGCUGGCAGAAGAGGAGGCCACGACUAUUGUCGAUGCGGAGCGGAUUUUACGGACGGCUUUGAAAGUUGCCGAAGGAAACUAUAAAAAAUCACAGGCUGUCCAACAUCAAGGUUCCAUCAUGGAAGGCCUUUUCCGUCGGGAUACGAACGUACUAAUCUAUAUUAAACGACGGCUAGCAAUGUGCGCCCGAAAGUUGGGUAAAUUAAAAGAAGCUGUAAAAAUGUUUCGUGAUCUCACCAAAGAGAUACCGCCGAUUAUGAACGUGUUGAAUAUUCAUGAAAACUUGCUCGAGGCGUUACUGGAAAUGCAAGCUUAUGCAGAUUGUCAGGCUGUACUGGCCAAGUAUGAUGAUAUUUCGUUGCCGAAAUCGGCAACUAUUUGCUAUACUGCAGCUCUGCUCAAAGCACGUGUAGUAGCUGAGAAAUUUUCACCAGACAUUGCUUCCAAGCGGGGAUUGACGCCUGCCGAGAUGAGUGCCGUGGAAGCAAUUCACCGAGCAGUGGAGUUCAAUCCCCAUGUCCCCAAGUAUCUGCUCGAAAUGAAACAACUAAUUCUCCCUCCGGAGCACAUUCUGAAGCGGGGAGACUCGGAAGCUCUAGCCUAUGCUUUCUUCCACCUGCAGCACUGGAAAAACGUCGAAGGGGCGUUGAACCUGCUGCACUGUACCUGGGAGGGAACAUUCCGGAUGCUUCCAUACCCACUCGAACGAGGCCAUCUGUUCUAUCCGUACCCCACCUGCACGGAGUGUGCCGAUCGGGAGCUGUUGCCAGCAUUUCACGAAGUAUCCGUCUAUCCAAAGAAAGAACUGCCUUUUUUCAUUCUGUUCACAGCCGGUCUCUGCUCGAUAACAGCUCUGUUGGCACUGCUCACCCAUCAGUAUCCGGAAACGAUGGGUAUUUUCGCUAGCACCACACUUAACUGGUUCUCGCUGCCGUUCCAUUUCGUCAAGGAACGGAUCGAAACCAUCUGGCCGUGCAAUCUGCUGCAACAUCUGUCACGAAUUUAAAUUUAAUUUUAAAUAAGCCAUUGCUGUUCCUAUGAUAGCCCAUCCUGUCGAUGAUUUAGGUCGGACUAACUUGUACCUACGAGCUCACAUAUUCCAGCUCCUGCUUAAAUUGAGAUUAUGUUUAUUUGUGCUUCAACCGCUUGCUGCCAUAGAGCUUUUUCUCGUGGAAUGCUGAAAAUAAAACUAAGUGGAAUGCUGGACUCGGCAGGACGGGCGAGUAUCAUACAUAUAGGCUAAUCACUAUUAAUAUACGGAACGCUACUUAUACGGAAAAGUACUAUCUAAUGUUUACAUUGUAAAAGAAUACCAACCGUAAAGUGUAGAAACUGAGACAGACUGCGUCUCUCUAUGUGUACUUGUGGUAAAACUAUGUUUUCUCGUGAAAAAAUAAUGAAUAAAACGCAGCAAAGUCGACAAAAGCAUGCUGGACUAAUGCAAAGCAAAUGAAGUAUGUUUUUAUUUAAUACUUCCAUCACAGAUAACAGACGUUUAGGCUAGAACAAAAUUUCUUCAAAAACCUGUGUAAACUUUCAAAUUGAUAUACGUUGGAAAUCCGUGUUUCACUAUUGCCAUCUGCGCAACUGUUUGCUACACGUGUUUGACAGCUGCACUCUAACUGCAUUGUAUCGAUCACUGCGCCAUCUACAAUCGUUUGCCAA